AUGCAGGGGGACUACGUCCCCCUGCAGUACGAAGGAUCCAUGAGAAGGAGGAAGGAGAGGGAGCUGGGGGAGCAGAUCCCCCAGCUCCCUACCCGGGACCUCGUGGCCAAGGUGGUCGAUUACAGUAGCAAAAUCGACCACCUGGCCAAAACGAGCAAAAAUUUGAAGGGCACCGUCGCCGGAAUGAUACGGGAAGGGGCCCUUUACACGAGGCUCGCCGUGGACGCGUUGUCCACUAGGAUGAGAGGCGGGACAAGUGAAGGGGAGGAGGCGCUUCGAGAGGAGCUUGCGACUCUCAAGGCGCAAGUCGCGGCCCUCCAGAAGGAAAAGGAGGGAAGGGAUCGGGGGAUGAUGCCACCCCCCGACCCGCCGCGAAAUAGAGGAGAUACCACCCUUAUGGUGGAGAACGCCCGGGAGGACGGGAGGAUGGAGGUGGACGAUGCUAGUCUACCACUGGACCCCCUCCCCCCGGGAAAGAAGAAGAAGAAGAAGAAGAAGAAGGCCCCCCUUUCGCGGCGAACGCAGCAGGUCGAGGAGGCGGGUCCCUCAAGCCAAGGGACCGCCGAGCCCCCCCAGCCCGUCGCGGGUGUUGACUCGUACGCGACGGUGCUUGGGAGGAAAGCCAGGGCCGCACAGAACAAAGCGGCCAGGGGCGCCUCCGGGGCGGCGGCCCCCGGUCCCCCGGCGAAGGGGCAGGCUGGGGGGGCGCCAAAGAGGGCCCCUAGGCGGAGGGUCCCGCGGACGUCGGCCGUCGUGAUCACACGAAUCGGCGGCGACUACCGCGAGGCCCUAACCACUUUAAGGCGAAAGAUUAAGCUCGAUGAUCUUGGCAUCGGGGACCGGAUCGCUAUUAGAUCCGGGGCCACCGGUGCCAGGGUCAUUGAGGUGUUCGGGGAGGGCCAUGCCGAGAAAGCCGAUCUGCUCGCUGAGCGGAUCAGGCAGGUCCUCCCCGACGAGGAGGAAACGCGGAUCAGUCGGCCGCGUAAAAUAGCGGAGAUCCGCCUACGGGACUUGGAAGACUCCCUGGGAGUCGAGGAGGUGAGGGGGUGGGUGGCCGAUGCGGCGCGGUGCAGCGUCUCCGACGUUCAGUGCGGGGCGCUGCAGCCGGCCGCCGGAGGCACGUACAGCCUUUGGGCCCGCUUCCCCCUCACCUCCGCGAAGGAAAUCGUCCAGCAAUGGCGGAUAAGGGCUGGCUGGGUGAUGGCCAGAGUGGCCCUUCUCGAGGCGCGGCCCAUGCGCUGCCACAGAUGCCUCGAGAGGGGCCACACGAGGGCGAUGUGCCCAAUCGAGAAGGACAGGAGCGGGAGGUGUUAUCGGUGCGGAGAAGCCGGUCACACCUCCCGCGGCUGCCGGUCUGCCCCUAAAUGUCCGCUCUGCACGGACAAGGGCAGACCGGCGGCACACGUGCUGGGUGCGAAACCCUGCGCCCAGCGCAACGUGCGCGGACGCCCACCAACGCGGGGCGCCCAAGAGAAGGCGCCGAUUACCGGGCCCCCCCCCGGCUGA